CACAGAGCGGAACUACUUCAGACGUGUUUUGUUCGAUGUGUUUUGCUCGGCUUAUGCUGCCUGAUGGCAGGCUGAAGCUUUCAAUUUGUUCAAGGUCUGUUGUACAGCGUAACGUAAGGGCCAUAAAGACAAAAAAAGCGAACAGAAAAUUGACAGCCAAAAGCGAAAACAAGCAAUUUCCUUUUACUGGUUAUUUUCUUUAAAAGUGUAGACGCAUACAGUUUGGAGUUCAGGAGCUUGUUUAUCAUGUGACUUGGUAUUGCCUUUGAUUGCACAAUCAUUACGUGUAACCUUGUUUUUAAGCGCUAUAUUUUCCUUGAGCCUUCUUUUUCUGGCUUACGUUAUGGACGAAGUAUCAUGUGUUUGCAUUAGGAUCACGAGCUUUUGCAAUGCUCGCCUGUUCCUGCUGCUGUUCUGUGUCACUGGCUGCUUCUCCUUCCUCCGCUAUGGCUUUUCCUGUGGAGUUGGCGGCUGUUCCCCUGGGCCACCUGUGGUACUUGUGCCAGGGGACUUGGGAAACCAGCUGGAGGCAAAAUUAGAUAAACCGGCAGUUGUGCAUUACAUGUGCUCCAAGAAGACAAAUUAUUACUUCACUCUGUGGCUGAAUUUGGAACUGCUGCUGCCUGUAGUUAUUGACUGCUGGAUUGAUAACAUCAGGUUGGUUUACAAUAAAACAAGCAAAACUACUGCUCCUCCAGAGGGAGUCGAUAUCAGAGUUCCUGGUUUUGGGCAGACUUAUUCCCUGGAAUUCUUGGAUCCAAGUAAAAGGAGUGUGGGUUCAUAUUUUUACACGCUUGUGCAGAGCUUGGUAGAUUGGGGGUAUACCCGCGAUGAAAAUGUGAGAGGUGCACCCUACGACUGGCGCAAAGCUCCUAAUGAAAAUUCAGACUAUUUUGUGGCUCUUCGCAAGCUAGUGGAGUCUAUGUUUGAGUCAUAUCAAAGUCCUGUGGUGCUUGUUGCUCACAGCAUGGGAAAUUUGUACACCCUUUACUUUCUCAAUCAGCAAACACAGGACUGGAAGGAUAAAUAUAUACAUUCCUUUGUUGCUCUGGGCGCACCAUGGGGUGGUGUGUCUAAGACUCUGCAUGUCCUGGCUUCAGGAGAUAAUAAUCGCAUUCCAGUGAUUAGCUCCCUGAGGAUUCGUGACCAGCAGCGGUCUGCUGUUUCCACCAAUUGGCUGCUCCCUUAUAACAACACAUGGCCACAGGAAAAGGUUUUUGUAAGAACACCCAAUAAAAACUACACAAUAAAGGACUAUAGAGUGUUUUACGAGGACAUUGGAUUCCAAGAUGGAUGGGAAAUGAGGCAAGAAACAGAAGGACUAAUAUCCUCACUGAAUCCUCCAGGAGUGGAAGUACACUGUCUUUAUGGAACUGGAGUGGACACCCCUGAUUCGUUCUUAUAUGAUUCUUUCCCAGAUAAAGACCCCACUACAGUUUAUGGGGGAGGGGAUGGAACAGUUAAUUUGGAAAGUGCUUUACAAUGUGGAAAGUGGAGGAACCAGCAAAGACAGAAGGUGUCGUUGGUUGAACUACCUGGUAAUGAACACAUCGCCAUGCUGUCAAACAUUUCAACCAUCUCUUAUGUAAAGAAGGUUUUGUUUGGACUGGAGAUCUAAAUUAUGAACUGGAGUUGCUGCUUUUAUUGGGUAGCAUAGUGCACAUGUUUGUGUGUCAGCUACUUGUUGUGACAAGGAAAAGAAAAUUCUAUUUUGUCGCUUCAGUUCCAUUCUAGAACUGUGCACCCCUGCCCUGAACUGAUCCUUAAAAAACACACUUUCAAACCGUGUUUAGUAUGUAUAUGAUUUUUUACAACUAUGUAAAAUUGAAGUCCAUACGUUGCUUUUUUAUGUACAAUUUCAAGUCAUUAUAGCAAAGCGAGAAAAGAAAAGAUGGAUUUAAACCACACACACAUUCAUUUGUUAAAAGUAUGAUAUUGGUAUUUAAUACCAUAAUUACCAUAAUUUUUCAUCUUAUCUUGUAUUUGCACAAUUCAUCUGGCACUUUAUAGGUUUGUUUUUUUCAUACCAGUGCUGCACCCAUAUCUCCCAAGUUAGCUAUGCAGCUGACAUUUUUGAAACAUGCAAUUAACAGCUAAAUUGUACACACAAACAGAAAUUGUUGAGAAAACAUUGAAUUGCUGGCAUUUGAAAUGUGUUUCUUAAUAUCUACUGACUUGAGCCUGAUUUGGGUAACUGAUUUCUUCAUGCUUCACUGUUCAUUGUAGGAGAAAGAAAUAACAAACACAGAUUUACUAAUCUUUCUGCAUAUUUACCUCAGACCAAAAGCUAAAACCCACAUCAGUUGUUGUGCAGGCACAAAAAUGUUCACUUUGUUAUAGAUCAUAAAAGGUUAUAAUUUCCAAAAAUGGGAUUGAUAUUAUAAAGGGUAUUUAUCAAGUCCUCAUUGUAUGUACAUAUUUGUUGAAUUCUCAUUUUAGUCGUUUAUUACAUGCGGGUACCUACCUGACAGGUAUUUUAACCAAUAUGGCCUCAAAGCACCUAAUCAAUUCCAGUCAGGCUGGAAUACUGCAACUUGAUUUUGGCAUAACACUUGAUUAACUCUUUAAGUGCCAGUAACUCUGCAGGUGGAUUACAGCUAAUGUGCAGCACUUAUUGGUAAAGUGACACUUUUCCAGUUCAGAAGCUCGCCAGUGUCCCUUUAAUAAACCUAUCACUGCCUCCCCCCUGACCUCCAUGAUCCCGUGCCUGCCUGCAGACCUCCUGUUAUUGACCUCAGAUGAAGUCUGACUCCGCUCCUUUCCCUGAUUUCCUUCUGGUAGUCAAUGCUUCACUUUGAGGGCAGAUCAACUUCCAGUAGGCUGAGGACAAAUGGAAACAAUGCCCCAGCCUAUCGGAACUUAGAACUGCCUUCCCAAGCCUGAUGUCCGUUUCUGAUGCUUUGGGAAAGAAGCUGCCAAAGAAUCUGUAUCAGGGGAAGCAGGGGGCUCCAGCCAGAAGACUGUUCCUCACCACAAAGUCUCAAAAAGUAAUAGUGUCACUUUCUUUGUUAUUCUGCAAAAGUGAGUUCCCAAUCUGAGCUGCUUGCCUGGCUGGCAUUAAAUUGUUCAGGUCCUACCAUGUGUUACAGAGGCGUCUAUUUUUAUGAAAUAUGUAUAAGACACACACAUUAUUGACAGAGAAUUUAUUUGAACAAAAAUACAUUUGAAUAGUUAUAAACAUAAAUAUAGUUAAAACCUGCCCUUAAAGGGCACCUAUUACCACUAUAUUGUUUCCCUAAAAGAGCCCGCACUCCAGAUAGGGGAAACAAUAGUUUUUAAAAAGGAAAAAAAAACCUGCCACUGCCAGCACCAUGAACGAGUGCCGCAACUUGCUAAUUAUGUGCAUGUAUCUGAUGUAGGAGGGUGAUUAACUGCUUCUACGUCACUUGCAUGUGCAUAGUAAGUGAGCGUAGAGAUUGCUUAUUGUGCACAUGCGUGCUAACCAAGAUGGCCACCUGCACCUGGAGCUCGCUCCUGGGUGCAGGUAGGCCAGCGCUGGUGGGGGGAAUCCCCCAACUGGAGUGCAGGCUCUGGUUGGGGAACAAUAUAGGGGUGAUUGGUGCCCUUUAAGCCAGCUUGCCACAUCAUCCAGUUACUCACCACUCCUUAGGAAAAAGAAUCUCCCCUGUUCAUCUACUGGGUAGAAAAAAAAUCCAUUUGAUUUGGAUGCCCAACUUACUUGAAAGAUGUGCCUUCAAAACAAGGCAGAAGAAACAUAUAAUCACUUGUUAAUAUCGCCACUAGACACAAGGGAAAAAAAAAAGGAGUUGUGGCAUUUUACCUUGCAUUAUACUCUUUAUAAACUCCUUUUGGUGGGAUCCUAACAGAUUUAAGUUAUAAAAUUAAUAUAAAAUGUUACUCACUAUCUUAGUCUAAACCCAAAGUUAACCUAAAUGCACAAAGCAAAUGAACGUGUUUAUGUUUAUUUCUGUUUGCAUUAAGUAAGUCACUUUUAAAGAAGUUGGGAGAAAAUGAUGUUCAAACUCAAAUUUUGCAUGUAGGCCAAAUCACCAUGUUAUAUCUAUUGCAAAAACAAGUUGUGUCCAGUUGUGUAUUGAGGCAGUUGUGCCAUGCUGUGAAGAAUUCUGUUUUAUAACAAUCUUUUUGCCUUUUGUGCCUUGAUAUUUCAAUAAAUAUUAUAAUGAGGUAAA